CCUCUAAGCAGACAGAGUUCUGUCUGUGUUUUGGUGGGACAUUGUAAACGCUCCUGAGGGGUUUGGGGAAGGGGGAAUGAAAGUGAAUGGGCCGGGAGGUCAGGCCGGACGGUGAAUAAGGAGACUCCGAUCGCAUUGGGGGGGUGUCACAGUCAAAGCCGUCCUGGCAGUGUGUUUCUCCAGCGGGCGAUGGCGGCCAGUGAGGCCCGGGGUCCGGCUCCGGCUCCGGCUCCAGCUCCAGCUCAGGUCACGGUGCUGAUGUCGUGUCGGGUGUCGGAAGGAGCGUGCGGAGGCCGCGGGUCCGCUCCCGGGCCUCGGGCGAUGGCGGACGAUCAGCCCUCGGCCCUGCGCCUGCAGCUGAGCAUGGAGCGGCCCGGGGAAUUCCGGCUGGGAGUCCGCUCCGGGGACAGCCGCCUCGGGAAGAGCCUGAGCCUUUAUGAAUUUAAUUUGAAAGAUAUCAUCUAUGAAUUCAAAAGUACAACCUGCCAUGGAAUUAGUACAAAGAGCCAACCAAGUGAGCAGCUAACCUAUCACUUUGAAGAUGAGAAGGAGGCUCAGAAAUGGUCAACCAUCAUCACCAGCUCUUUGAGGGAAGUUGAGAAAGCAAGUUCUUCGACUGGUGCACAGAACCACAGUGAGUCAACAGGAAUCCCAGUACUGUCAGCUCAACCAGUGACAGAGGGAGCUCCCAGAGCAGGGGCAGAGCUGCUUGGAGCUGGCCACAACAUCCCAAGGUCAGGAAUGGACAUCUGCAGAACAGAGGAUCUGAUUCAGCAACUUGCCAAGGCGAUAGAGGCAGGUGAUUCCGUCUUGUCAUCUGACUGUGCUGUGAGUCUAGCUCAGCAGAAAGUGUCUCUUGGGAUCUGGAUGAAGGAUGUUUAUCCCAAUCAACAGAUUAGUAUGAGAGUUGAAGUGGAGGAUGCCACCUCUUCUGCCACCGUUUUUGUGAAGGUCUUCCCCUAUGCAACAGUUUCCACAUUAAAGCAACAGGUAUUCCGAGAGUUUGGGUUCCACCCUACGGUUCAGCGCUGGAUCAUUGGCCAGUGCUUGGCGACUGAUCACAGAACUCUGAGCUCAUACGGUGUGAGGAAGGAUGGGGACACAACCUUCCUGUACCUGCUGUCAGCGAAGCUAGCCAACUUACCGCGGCGUCAGUAUGAGGAGGAGCAGGCUCUCGCUGUCAUGGCCCAUGAUGAGGUGUCCAUCAAUAUGCAGAGGAGGGAGAGCCUUCUGGAGGAAGAGAAGAGGAAGUACAGUACAUUACCGAGCAAGCUGCCUGUGAAUCAAGGUGGAGUUCCCCCUAAGAGCAGGGAUGGAAGGAUGGACCUCAAUAAUAUUACUCAAUGUGUCAAUCUGGAGCUGAAAUCACUUCAGUCUCUCUCAUUACAUGAUGCACGGAGCAGACCCUCACAGCAAUCUUCCCCUGCAUCAUCACAGGCAGGCUGGGCGUGUGUAAAGUGUACCUACAUUAAUAAACCCACUCGACCAGGAUGUGAAAUGUGCAGCAGCCCUCGACCACCAGACUACUGUGUGCCCCAGAAUUAUAAACCUGAUGAUGAAGAGCUCUAUCGCAUCUUGCAGGAAAAGGAGGCAAUGCAGAGACAUCAACAGGAGUUGGAGGAAAGGCGCCUGCGGAAUUAUCAGAACCUCCUGCAGCUUGACGGCCAGCACCUUGUCCUCAACCCUGAGCCCUUUGAAUGCCGGAUCUGCCUGUCGGAUGUGAAGCCAGGGGAAGGCGUUGUGUUGAGAGACUGUCUGCACUCCUUCUGCAGAGACUGUCUGAAACAGCUGAUCCGGAGCAGCACUGACCCACAGAUACCCUGUCCAUUUCGAGAUGACAACUACGCAUGUGACAGCAAAUUGCAGGAACGGGAGAUCCGAGCACUGGUUUCCAAUGAAGACUAUGAUAAGUUCCUUGACCGCAGUAUGAGUGUUGCAGAGAGCAGCAGUGAAAACAGUUACCACUGCAAAACAGCAGACUGCAAGGGCUGGUGUAUAUACGAAGAUGCAGUCAAUGAAUUCUGCUGCCCAAUCUGCUUAAAGCUCAACUGUUUGCUCUGCAAGGCAAUCCAUGAAGGCAUGAACUGUAUGCAAUACCAGGAUGACCUGCGUAACCGAGCAAUGAAUGAUUCUGCAGCUCGUCGCACCACCGAGAUGCUGAAGACGAUGGUUCAGAGGGGAGACGCUAUGCAUUGCCCCAAGUGUCAGAUCAUUGUGCAGCUGAAGGACGGAUGUGAUUGGUUACGGUGUCCGAUCUGUCACACGGAGAUCUGCUGGGUCACCAAGGGAUACCGCUGGGGUCCUGGGGGACCUGGAGAUACCAGUGGAGGAUGUCGCUGUCUUGUCAAUGGCCAGCGGUGCCACCCACUCUGUCAGAAUUGUCACUGACUCCUCGCAGUCACCUCGGGGGUUGGUGCAGGUGGGGAGGGGGUGAGAACCCGUUGGUCCUGUACAGUCUGUGUCACAACUAACCAGCCAUGGAGAGAAAGCAGCCAGGAUGAUGAAAUGGACUGGGAAUGGACAACGCGACCUCCACAGCAUGACCUCUCCCUGUCUGACCCACAAGGGUGACCUCUCACUGCGACCUCUCCCUGUCUGACCCACAAGGGUGACCUCUCACUGCGACCUCUCCCUGUCUGACCCACAGGGGUGACCUCUCACUGCGACCUCUCCCUGUCUGACUCACAGGGUGACCUCUCACUGCGGGGUCUCCCUGUCUGACCCACAGGGGUGACCUCUCACUGUGACCUCUCCCUGUCUGACCCACAGGGGUGAUCUCUCACUGCGACCUCUCCCUGUCUGACCCACAGGGGUGAUCUCUCACUGCGACCUCUCCCUGUCUGACCCACAGGGGUGACCUUUCACUGUGAUCUCUCCCUGUCUGACCCACAGCCUGACCACUCCCUGUCUGAUCCACGGUGCAACCUCUCACCGCGACCUCUCCCUGUCUGAUCCCCAGCCUGACCUCUUAUUGCGACCUCUCGCUGUCUGACCCACAGCGCGACCUCUCGCUGUCUGACCCACAGCGCGACCUCUCGCUGUCUGACCCACAGCGCGACCUCUCGCUGUCUGACCCACAGCGCGACCUCU